AUACAUUUAAAAAAAAAAAUUAAGUCCAGUUUCGUAGUUUUUUUUGGGCAAACUAAUUUUGUCAGAAAAAGAAGAUUUUGUCAAUCCUUUUUUUCCAGUUUGAGGAAGACCGUAUAUACAGGCACUUGGAACCUGCCUUGGCUUUCCAGCUGGAGCUCAACCGCAUGCGUAACUUUGCACUGACGGCCAUCCCCUGUGCCAAUCAUAAGAUGCACCUGUACUUGGGAGCUGCCCGCGUGGAAGUGGGCACCGAGGUCACAGAUUACCGCUUCUUUGUGCGGGCCAUCAUCCGCCACUCGGACUUGGUCACCAAGGAAGCAUCGUUUGAGUACCUGCACAACGAGGCAGAACGUUUGCUGCUGGAGGCCAUGGAUGAGCUGGAAGUGGCCUUCAACAACACCACAGUGCGCACCGACUGCAAUCACAUCUUCCUCAAUUUCGUCCCAACCGUCAUCAUGGACCCCUCUAAGAUUGAGGAAUCUGUGCGCUCCAUGGUCAUGCGCUAUGGCAGUCGUCUGUGGAAGCUCCGCGUGCUUCAAGCUGAGCUCAAGAUCAACAUCCGACUGACACCCACUGGCAAACAGAUCCCCAUCCGUCUCUUCCUGACCAAUGAGAGUGGCUACUACCUGGACAUCAGCCUGUACAAGGAGGUCACAGACUCCCGUACAGGACAGGUGGGGCACAAAGACCGACAGAUCAUGUUCCAGGCCUAUGGAGAUAAGCAGGGUCCUCUUCAUGGCAUGCUCAUCAACACACCCUACGUCACUAAAGACCUCCUGCAGUCCAAACGCUUCCAGGCCCAGAGCCUCGGUACCACCUAUGUCUAUGACUUUCCAGAGAUGUUCCGUCAGGUAUCUCUAAAGACUAGUCUAAUGGCGCGGGAAAGCGGCAUUCCACGAAUCUAUAUCGCUGCCAACAGCGGGGCCCGGAUUGGCCUGGCUGAGGAGAUCAGACACAUGUUCCACGUGGCCUGGCAGGAUCCAACAGACCCAUACAAGGGCUUUAAGUACCUGUACCUCACACCUCAGGACUAUAAGAAGGUGUCUGCUCUGAACUCAGUCUACUGUGAACAUGUGGAAGAUGAGGGUCAAUCCAGGUAUAAGAUCACUGAUAUCAUUGGUAAAGAGGAGGGGUUGGGUGUGGAGAACUUGAGAGGUUCUGGCAUGAUCGCAGGUGAAUCUUCACUGGCAUAUGAGGAUAUCAUCACCAUGAACCUAGUACGCUGACAGAACACACACACACUUGUUACAAACUAUGGCAAAGAUUUGCCAAAACAUU